AACACUGUUGUGCGGGAGUAAAAUGCAGCAGCGACUGCAGGCGCCGGCGACGACUACCACACAGCCGCUGCCGGAGGAAACCAAUGAAACACCGGCGGACGCACCACCAAAGCAGGUGGCGAUGGCAAUGGAGUCUCUUGGGCGCGCGGGUCGCCUCAUUGCUGACAUCAGGAUAGGUGUUGAUCGCUUUCUCGAAGCACUUUUCGUCACCGCGCAGCCUCAUCAGUCCAACAAACCCUUACAUUUGAUCCUCAAAGAGGAGGCUUUAAUGCGUCAACACCUUCAAGAUCUCCGAGCCAUCGGAAGGCAACUGCAAGACUCCGGGGUUCUAACUGCAUCUCUUUGUUUGCGAAGUAAUUCUUGGGGUUUGCAUAUGCCCCUUGUUUGUCCAGAUGGUGCUGUCGUUGCAUAUGCAUGGAAACGUCAACUGGCUGGCCAGGCUGGUGCAUCAGCCGUUGACAGAGCCAGGCUGGCUCUCAAGGCAUUCACUGGUCAGAAGAGACGAUUCUUUCCCCACCUUGAAGAUGAACCAUUUGGCCAAUCUUCUGCUGGAGAAUCCUUGGUUUUAAAGAAACGUUGCAGUUCCCAGGCAUCAAUAGCAAGUCAAAAAGAAGAGCUUAUUGAAGACAAAACAUUAUCUGGCGUUCUAAUGCGUUUGGAAAAGGAGGCACCUAAUGUAAGAAUUUUCACUUACCAAUGCUUAGACUGGUUGAAAAGGGCUAUUUCACUGUUGCCUUCAGCUAAAGAGAACUCUCUAGAAUCAUCUAAGGAGCAUAAUUUCAACAGUUCGAAUAAAUUAAGAACAGAGUCUCUAGAAGCAGUUUCUUUGGAUCAGGUUGCUGUUGUUGAGUUGGUGGUGCCUUCUCUUUUUAGGGCAAUAGUAUCAUUGCAUCCACCUGGUUCUAUAGAUCCGGAUGCUGUAGCAUUCUUUUCUCCGGAUGAGGGAGGAAGUUACAUUCAUUCAAGAGGGUUUUCAGUCUAUCAUUUAUAUAGACAUAUCUCGGAACAUGCUGUCAAGGCAUUGCAAUAUUUUCUUGGUAUUAAAACUGAUACAACACUAUAUCUUCUUUUGCAUUGGAUCUGCAGUUAUCAAACACUGUUUACACAAGUUUGCAGUAAGUGUGGGCGGCUUUUGACAAUGGAUUCAGCAUCAGCCAUACUGUUGCCUCCUGUUCAUCGGCCUUAUUGGCACUCUUCUGGUACUAAAAGUUCAUCAAUCCCAUCUUCCUUGUCAACUAGGGACCAAAGCUUAGAUCUCGCAACAGCAUAUCAUAUUGGGUGUUCCUCAGAUCAAGUAUAGCUACAUCCAUUGCUUAUCAUUGUCAUUAGCUCAGGUACGCCUGCAAGGCUUAAUAUCCAAGGAAAUUGUAAGUCCUGAAAUGAUAUUUUUCUUCU